AGAAUGCAACAGAUGGGAUGUACAGCUAUAGUAAAAGGAGUUAAGAACUAAAUACGGUGUCUUGCCUCAAGAUGCUGCGUUUGUUUGAUAAUACAUUUAUCUUCAGUAUAAAAUAGGUUUCACUCUUUAAAUCUGUGCAUUUUGCACGUCGCUACAGCUUUAAGUGCAGGGAUCGAACCCGCGGCUGAGUGGUCCUGCAGCACCCGCGUUCCGCUGUGACGCCGGAGGGCUGGUCCGCGGAGCACACCGUCCCAGUUGCUCGAAUGGGAGUGGGCGAGCUGGGAUAGGCUGGGAGUUUGGUUUGGAGCCGUCAGCGGGACAGGGACGAGGCACCUAGAAAAGAAGGAGGGGGUGAACGAAGAACCGAGCGACUGUUAACUUCGAGGCUUUCCGAGCGGAGCAACGCACGACGGGACAUUUUGACGUGUGGUCGGCGUUACGGAAAAGAGCAUUUGUUGCGUUCAGGGGUCUCACGGAGCUGAGCGCCGCGGAUGACCAAAAGAAGCGUCGCCGGGGCAAACUUUCUCCACCCGGUGUUUUUUAUCGUUUAGUAAAAAACCCAACCGGGGAUUCAGUUUUUUCUUCUUUUUUUUUUUUUUGUUGCCUGUGUUUAACGGAGGCGUAAAGAAGAGGACGUCAUGCCACGGCGCACCGUGCAAGAAGUAUUAGUGCAAGAUGUCCAGAAGCGGAGAAAUCCGAACAAACACUACGUUUACAUCAUCAAAGUGUCCUGGAGCGAUGGCAGCACAGAAAACAUUUACAGACGCUACAGCAAGUUCUUUGACCUCCAGAUGGAAUUGCUGGACAAAUUCCCAGUGGAAGGAGGCCAGAAAGACCCUAAGCGCAGGAUCAUUCCUUUCCUACCAGGGAAGAUCCUGUUUAGGAGGAGCCAUAUCAGAGAUGUGGCUAUGAAAAGGCUGAGGCCCAUCAACGAGUACUGCAGGGCCCUCAUCCAGCUGCCGGUCUACAUCUCCCAGUGCGAGGAAGUCCGAGUGUUUUUUGAGACCAGACCUGAAGACAUCAACCCACCCAAGGAAGAACCCAUUGGAAAGAAGAAGUCAGGGGUUGUGGAGAGAGCGACUGCUUUCCUAAAGCGAGGAGAUUCCACCUCAGCAGACCCUCUCUUCCUCGACCAGUACGUGGCGGUGACCGACUACGAGAAGCAGGAGAGCUCCGAGGUCAGCCUGCAUGUGGGUCAGGUGGUGGAGGUCAUUGAGAAAAAUGAAUCUGGGUGGUGGUUUGUUAGCUCAGACGAUGCCCAGGGCUGGGUCCCUGCCACCUGCCUCGAGGCUCAGGAUGACCCCGAUGACUUUAGUCUCCCAGGGGAAGAAGAAGAGAAGUAUUCAGUGGUUUACCCGUACUCGGCCAGGGACCAGGAUGAGAUCGACCUUGAGAGAGGCAUGGUUGUAGAGGUGAUUCAGAAGAACCUGGAGGGCUGGUGGAAGAUCAGGUACCAGGGCCGUGAGGGCUGGGCCCCAGCCUCCUACUUGAAGAAGACUGACAUCCAGGGCCAGAAGCAGUCAGCAGGCGCUGCUGCUCAUGCCAGUACCAAUGAUCUAGACGGGUUCUCUAAACAGAACCAGCAGAACAAUGCAGCCAAAGAGAACCGAGACAACAGCCAAAAAGAGAACAGACUCUCCUUUUUUUCUGACAACAAAAAAGUGGGAGCAAGACACAGACCUCCUCCACGCAGAGAUCUUACCAUUCCACGUGGGACGAACCUCCCCAAGCCGCCAAUUCCUCCUCAAGUUGAGGAGGAGUUCUACACCAUAGCAGACUUCCAGACCACCAUCCCCGACGGUAUUAGCUUCCAAGCCGGAGUCAAAGUUGAGGUGAUUGAGAAGAAUAAUGGCGGUUGGUGGUACAUCCAAAUAGAUGACAAAGAGGGCUGGGCCCCUGCCACCUUUAUUGACAAGUACAAGAAGACCAGUAAUGCCCUGCGACCUAAUUUCCUCGCCCCUCUGCCCAAUGAGAUGGAGAAGCUGAGACUGGAAGAUGGUGGCCCUUCAAAUGUUUCAGGGACAGAUGACAGCUGGUCAAAACCUUUACCGGAUGAGCCAAACACAGCCCCUGACUCCUGUGCCCGGCCUAAGCUGAGAGAUUGGAAGUCCAGUGCCAACAAGGCCCCCCCUACAAUCCCUGGGUCUCUACCUCCAGCUCCAGCAGCCCCACCAGCAGCCCCUCCAGUCGAGGAGAAACCAGCUCUUCCACCUCGAAGGGAGUCCAUUAAUAAGAGCUUUGAAUUUGAGGUAUCUGAGAAACCAAGGCCUGAUCAUUCCAAACCGUUGCCUCCCAAACCCCCAGCUCCAGGGGUCAUCAUGCCGCUGGUUACACCCAAAGCGGCCCCCUUCAAACUGGACAAACCACCGGAGGCCAAGAAAGAAGAUAAGAGCAAAGCUCUUCACCUUCGGAACGAGAUGGGUCUUGAAUGUGGCCACAAGAUCUCUGCCAAAGAGGUGAAGAAGUUUAAUCUGAAACCCGUACCUAAACAGCCCCCAAAACCCAAAUCGGAAGCGCAGGAGGAGAAACCCGAGGCAGCUGGCCCAGCAGUGUUUAUGAAGCCAAAGCCGGUGCUCCGACCUAAACCUGUCCCAGCUGCCAAGCCAGAUCCUCCGGCAGAGAACAAACUAGACAUCACCAACCUGAGAAGCAAGCUGAGGCCGCCAAAACCUGCGGAUCCAAGCUCCGCGUCAGCUGAGGUGAACCAUCAGAAUGACACGUCAGCAGCAGUGAAUAGUUCCCACCCCAGUGCACCCCCGAGCUCUCCCCCCAUCCAUAUCCCUACUCUCAACAAUGGUAAGCACUGGGAUGAGCCAAAACUGCCCCCAAAACACAUGAAUGGUCAUAGCCAGGAGAGCUCACCACCUCCCACAAAACCAGCAGUGCCUCCCCACAAAGAACCCCCACAGAGACCCCCCACCAUGGCUCCAAGGAGACCUCCGCCGCCAAAGAAGACCGACUCAUCCAGCCCGACGGAGUUGAAACCUCCGCUUGCUCUAAAAGAUAUCCUGGAAAUGUCCAAGGGCCCACCAGCCCUACUCAGCAGACCCCGUCCCUCUAAACCCAAAGGGUUUGUUCAGGCACCUACAAACAAAGAGAAAGAGGAGCCCAAAAUGAACAAGGUCCCAGUUCCUCCCAAGCCCCAGUUGAAGAGUGAGAAGCCCGGCCCGCCCAAGGACAAGCUCCCACCUUUACUCAUGGAGCACAGUAAGGAGGAUCUGUAUUUAGCUGUGGCGGACUUUGAAGGGGAUGACCAGACAUCCAGCUUCAAGGUGGGCACGGUGUUUGAGGUGAUGGAGAAAAACAGCAGUGGCUGGUGGUUCUGUAAGAAUGUAGGACUAGAAGUUGAGAGCUGGAUCCCCUCAAAUUACCUGAGCAAGAAACCGUAGUGUGGACGUGCUCUUAAAAUUGUCGUCAUAUGAAAAAAAACAACAACAAGCGAAUACAUUUAAAUUAACAAAAUAUCACUACUUUGUAGCUAAUUAGCAUUUUCUUUUAUUUAAAGGUACCUUUUUUUAAGUGACACCUUUUUGUUAUGUUCCAUUUUGAUGAGAAUAUUCUACCUAAACUGAACCAGCAAUAACACAAGGCCUUGUUGGGUAUUGUGAUGUUUACGUUUAUUCUGUAAUGUUGAAUUGAGAUUUCUUUUAAACUCGACUAAGUGCUUUCCUUUCGUUGCCAUGUGCUAGUCGCGGCUUGUGUCGGUCUUGCUAUAACUUAAGCUCCAGCCAUGCCUUCUAUGAUACGGUGCCUCUAUAUUAUAUGCAAAGUGCUAAUGUGCUUAAUAUACUGUAUGCAACUGUAGAUAUAGUCCUUGUUGGAGUCAUCUCCAUAACACUAGAUGUUCAAAUCUAGACUGCACAUGAACUCACAGGGGGGGUUCAAUGACUCCAUAUUAGCAGUUACUAGAGAUGUCUGUGCCAAGUAAAAGAGUUGUUUGUUAUAUGUGACACAUGCGUACUAGUUAUUGCGCUAUUGUAAUGCUUUUCUUCAUUGACUGCAUAAUUCAUGCUGUGCACUUUUUCUGUCAUUUCAUUUGAGAUCAUUCAAUGGUUUGCACAUGCUGAUUGAAGGGGAAGGCAUUUCUUAGUUAUCCAUUUUAUUUGCUGAUUUUAUUUUAUUUUUUUAUACUCACUGUAACAAUUAUCCACCAAUGUAACGAUGAGGCUGGAACAUACAAACUUACAAGUAAAAAAAGAAAAAGAGAAAACAAUCUCUCUGGCAAAGUAUUUUAACAUGUUAUCACACACCCCAAACAAUAAUAAGCGUGAAAUGUUCUGCAUCUCGGUACCAGAUGUCUGACCUAAGAAAUUGAUGAUCUACAGUGAUUUGUGCAAUAACAUACAGUAUUUGUAUGUGUACAGUCUGUUCUAAACCGAUGUUUGGUGCUCAAAUAACAGCAAAGUAUGACCAUUGUAAAAGAGAAAAAAAAUUACAUUAAUGUUUGACUGGUCUCAAGCAUGGUAAUUGUUUAUUGUACAGAAAUGAGAAGCAUAUCGUAGCUGUUGUCACUUUUUCUUUGACGGUCCACCUGUCAGGUCUUUCACACUGUACUGAUGAGGGGUUAGAGGAAGAUAGAGCCAAGAAUUAAACUUGGUUGGUUGGUUAAUGGGACAUUGGAUGUGUCGUUUUGUUUCUUUUUCUGUCAAGAGAUCAAAUAUUUUUAAAAAAGUCACUUAAAUGAUUUGUUAGGUUCACUAAAUGAAAAAGCAACCUUAGAAGAAAUAAUAUGCACAUCCAUGGCUCCAAACAAUCAGACAAGGCUACAAGCUGUAACACUGCUUCUAGUUGCUAUAAUGUUAUUCCACCUUCCACCCAUGUUCCAUACAAAAAAAGAUGGCAUGUUACUAACUAGAAAGAGGAAGACAAUGUAUUGUUGAGGAUUAUUUUAUGAGGACAGGAAGGUUCAGUACAGUGUAAGGCGAAUGUGUGGGUUGACGGUGUCAUUUCAGUAUUGUAGUCUUAUUUACUUUUUUACUCUGUAUUUUUCCAUUACAUUGAAGCUCCUUUUCCUUAAGUCAAUAAAAGUUUCUGAUUUUUUUUUCAGUA